AUUUUCAAAAAAAUAUGUUCUGGUUCCCAUUGUUCUGUGGUCUCAUUGGAAUCUCCUGAUCUUCUGCCAUUUCGGUGAAAGCCUGCAAUCAGAAAGCAGCACUCCCUGCAUGUUAUUGUUGGAUUCGCUGCACAUGACAGAUCCUAAGAGGCUUGAACCUUUAAUUAGAAAGUUUGUUAUGGACAUAUAUAAAAAUGAGAAGAGGCCAGAAACCAAAGAAUUGAUUCGUAAAAUUCCUCUUUUGGUUCCUAGUAUUCCUCAGCAGAUAGAUGAUAAAAAAUGUGGGUAUUUUGUCCUUUACUAUAUUUAUUUGUUCAUAAAGAAUGCUCCUGAGAUGUUUAGCAUCGACGAGGGCUACCCUUACUUUAUGACAGAAGACUGGUUCACUCUUGAAGAGCUCGACGGCUUCUGUAGAACACUCGAAUCAGUUCGGGUCGACACUACAAGCUCAGAUGAAUAGAUUGUACAGGUGCAUCACCUUCUUGUAUUGCGUAGCAGUCUGUAAUAUAGGUUGCAUCCAGGACUCUUGAAGAAGUAGCAGUGUAAGCAAAAAAGCAAUUGUUGUGAUUAGUGAUUAUUAACGAAGGGCCUCUUCGGGGCUACAUGUUAUGAGCGGCAAACUUGAUUGUUACAUUCUGGGAACUCAUUUUCAGUUUUCGCUUGGGUUCUUUCUUUUAAACAGAAAAUAGGUUUUUUGUUUUUCUUGUACUUAAUAAACCAUUGUAUUGUCAAGUUUUCUUUGUACUUGAUCAACUAUUGAUAAGUUUUCUUGUACUCAUUUCAGAUUUCUUUGUACAAGUUUUCAGAUUUCUUGUACUCAUUUCUUUGUAAUUAAUCAAUUAUUGACAAGUUUUCUUUGUACUUGAUCAACUAUUGAUAA